AGAGAGAGAGAUCAAAUCCUUCAUUUAUCAGCCCAUGUUAAUUAGCAUUAGUGCCAUAACACAGGUACUCUUGGUGUUGGGUUUUCUCUUGAUCUCAUCUUUAUUGAUUUUGCUUCUUUGAGUUUCUUGAAUAUUGAUUCCAAAGACAAAGAAGUUGAGAUGUUAGAGAAGAUGGCAGGAGAAGCAAUCUCAAAUUCUUUCACACAAAACUCAACUGCUGCAGGAUCCAAUCCUCCUCCAAUUAAGAAAAAGAGAAAUUUACCAGGAACCCCAGAUCCCGAAGCUGAGGUCAUCGCCUUGUCACCAAAGACUCUAAUGGCUACCAACAGAUUCUUGUGUGAGAUAUGUGGGAAGGGUUUCCAAAGAGAUCAAAAUCUUCAACUUCAUCGGCGAGGACAUAACCUUCCAUGGAAGCUCAAGCAGAGGACUAGCAAAGAACCAAGGAAGAGAGUCUAUGUAUGCCCAGAAAAGAGCUGUGUUCAUCACCACCCUUUGCGGGCUCUCGGUGAUCUCACCGGCAUAAAGAAACACUUCUGUCGAAAACAUGGAGAGAAGAAGUGGAAAUGUGAAAAGUGCUCAAAGAAAUAUGCUGUGCAAUCAGAUUGGAAAGCACAUUCAAAAACCUGUGGCACUAGAGAGUACAGAUGUGAUUGUGGGACUCUAUUUUCGCGGAGAGAUAGCUUCAUCACACAUAGGGCCUUUUGUGAUGCAUUAGCAGAAGAAACAGCAAGAGCUACAGCAGCAUCAAAUGUCAUCAAUGCAACUACAGGAAACUUCAAUUAUCAUCUUAUGGGGACAUCACUAGGACCCAGCAUGGUCCAACAUUUCUCUUCUAUUUUGAAGCCACUUUCAAGCAAUGAGGCAGCAAUUGAGCAACCCAGACCUGGUCUUUCUUUGUGGAUGGGCCAAGGAUCCCAAGUCAACAAAGCCUUAAGCAAUAAUCUCCCAGAGUUACAUCACAUGGGAUCUGCUAGUACUACAGCAACAUUGUACAGUGAUCCUUUCAUUUCAUGUUCAAAUCCUCUACAAUCAGAGUACCAAUUCAAUUGGGUUUACGGAAGUAAUAAGCUCUCGUCGACCAAUGCUGGCGCGCUAACAAGCACAUCACUGCCAUUAAGCAAUGUUAAGGAAGUAAGUAGUCCUCAACUAGCAAGUGCUCCAUGCUUGUACAGUUUCCAACAUCAACAUGAUCAUCAGCUACCUACAGCAAACAUGUCUGCAACAGCUUUGCUACAAAAAGCUGCUCAAAUAGGUGCAACUUCAACUGAUCCAUCCUUUUUUGGGACUUUUGGAGUCAAGUGCAACAACACUCAAGUUGAAGAUGAAAGCAAAUACAAUGGAUUGUUCAGUCCAAACCCAACACCUAAGAUGGGAACUGAUUUAGAUGGCGGCUCAAUGAACAGUUUAUCCACUUUGGAAAAUCAUUUGCAGAUGUACCCAAGGAAACGCCCUAACACCCAAGAUGAUACAGGAGGACAAACUAGGGAUUUCUUAGGGGUUGGUGUUCAAACCAUCUGUCCAUCAUCAAUCAAUGGAUGGAUCUGAUUAGAAGAUGGGUUUCCAGAAUCAUGCUUAUCCUUGAAAAAGCAUAUAAUAGUUUUUAAUAAAGUGGGAUUGAAAGGGUUGGGUGGGGAAGGAGGAUUAUAUAUUUGGAACUUUGCAGGGUGAGGAGGAAAAGUAGUAUAAGUGCUUCUCCUAAUUAAGGAAAUGCUUAGAAGCUUGCUGAACAGUGUUGAAGGAGAUCCAUGCAUAUUCAGUUGGACCUUGAAAACUGCUCCCUUUAAAAAAUGGUCACUUUCGUUUUGAGAGAAAAAGGGGGUUAGUGGGGGCAAAGCAAGAACUCCUUUUGAACUCCAUUAUUGCCUUGCUUCAUUUCUAUCAUGAUUGUAGUCUUUUCAAAAUGGGCUUAUAAAAGUAUUUCCGCGUUUAAAAGCUGGAUUCAAGCUCAUAGGCUUAGCUAACCUAUGUAGCCGUUUCUUUCAUGAAGCCAUGCAUAUUUUGUAUUAUAGAACAUGGAGAGGAUAUUUUGGGUUAAUAUAAGUAUCUAGAUCAAA